UCGUCUCCUGCUCACACUGAGCCGUGGCUCAGGCGUGGGCUGUCGGGACAAAGGGCAGGCGCUGUCAUGUGAAGAAAAACCUGACGUUUUGCCGGUUUUGCGUGAGGACUGCUGCCUGUUAGCUGGGCUGCUAGCGGACAUUAGCUCGUCGUUAGCUAGCAUGCUAGUUAAGUAAACAAAGCGUGUUUUCCUUAAAGCAGGGAAAAUGCUUUUCUUCUGUAUUUUGCCUCUAUAACACUAGUGUAUUCUUUAGUUGUUUUCACCUUGCAGUGAUGUGCACUUUUGUCAGGCAGGAUAGGGUGACAAACUAAUAUUUUUGUGUUUACUACCUAUUUGUACACAAGCAAACAAACUAUCCUCUCAUAUUUUCCUGUUUAAAACACAAAAUCAGAAAUAGCAUUCGUAGUUCAACUUGCAAACUGCACUUGAAAUAGUUCAUCUAGAAACAAACACCUGUUUUGAAAGCCAACAGCCUGUAUUACAUGUUUUAUGCUUACAUAUCCUGGGCUGGUUUUGUGUUUUAUUACCAUUUGUAUGUACAAGUUAGGUUUAACGAAAGUGUUAUGAGAUCUCAAAGUCCACAUUAAGUUGUGAGUCAUUGAUCUAGAUGUUACCACUGCUUCACACCAGGCUGUGGUCAUGUAAAUGUGAAGUGUUGUCAUUAAAUUUAUACUGCCCCAUUGUGCUGUCAGAAACCCCUCAGUAAAUAUGUUAAUCUGGGACAAACCCUCUUUUCAUUUGUAAAAGGUGAGUUAAUUUUAGAAAGUCGUUUUGAUUCUUGUGUACAGUGGAACACGCUAAACCUUCUUUCUGCUCGCCUAUAAACAUAAAGUGGGCCAUAAUAUUGAAACUAUUUGUUCUAUUGUGUCACCAUGGCCUAGAUCGAAGAGCGGGCUUGUGGUUGGAGCUCUUAUUUUGCUCAGUUAUUACCUUUCUGUGUACUUGAAUCUGUCGAUCGAGGACAUUGCUCAGUCGGGGGUCGAGAUUGGCUUCUGAUUGGCCUUUUGUUGAUGUAUUUAGGGCAGUGCAAACGUCCACUGGUUGUCACAAACUCUCUGUUUUCUCCCCUCUCCAUCCUCUGUUGUCUGGUGAUGGCUCGACAGACAGACGGUGCCUUCAGCGACGGUGGCUUUGACCCCAGCUUCUUUGCUGAAACUGCCAGAAAGGGUAGCGUAGUAUCCAGGGCCAACAGCAUCGGCUCAACAAGUGCCUCUUCAGUGCCAAACACAGAUGAUGAAGAUAGCGACUACAGACACGAGACGUCGUAUAAGGACUCGUACAAAGACCGACGGAGACAAGCGCACACACAAGCCGAGCAGAAGCGGAGGGACGCCAUCAAGAAAGGUUACGAUGACCUCCAAUCAAUCGUCCCCACCUGUCAGCAGCAGUCUGAAUUUGCAGUGGGCGCACAGAAAAUCAGCAAAGCCACGAUCCUGCAGAAAACAAUUGACUACAUCCAUUUCCUUCAUAAAGAAAAGAAGAAGCAGGAGGAGGAAGUUUCUGUCCUGAGGAAAGAAGUGAUGGCCCUCAAGAUCAUGAAAACGAACUACGAGCAGAUAGUGAAGGCGCACCAGAACAACCCUCAGCAGGGUGAGGACCAGGUCUCGGACCAGGUCAAGUUCAACAUCUUUCAGAGCAUCAUGGACUCUCUGUUCCAGUCUUUUAGCAACUCGGUGUCAAUGAACAGCUUCCAGGAACUGUCUGCGUGUGUUUUCAGCUGGAUCGAGGAACACUGCAAGCCUCAGACGCUGCGGGACUUUGUCGUCGGAGUGCUUCGGCAGCUCAACGGUCAGCUGUAUUGAUUAAGGGGGGAAAACCUCCGGUUAACUCCCACAAACUGACUGUGAGAUUACUCCGGCUUGGAGUGAAUAAACUUCAAUCAGCCUCAGGCCAAAACUCAGUAUUUAUCAGACUUCAGCUCAUCAGCGGCUGACCGGCUGCAAAUUGGAUUUACCUCAUCACACACUAUGAGCAGAGAGGAAGAGCGGGGCGGCCCUGGACGCGCCGAUCUGCGCAUGUUUAGCAUCGCCGGACUGUUUUCACGCUGUUAUUCUGCUCCGAGACGCAGCAGUCGCACAAGAACGCACAAAUCAGCCAAAUCAUGUUUCAGUACAGAAAGAUGGAAGCAGUUGCCGGAGGAGGACGUCUCUCACACCUGAUCGUCCCGUCCACUACUCCACAACACCAGGAGCAUGAGGUGUGACUCUAACGUGACCGAGAGGUCUGAUUCAGUCAGAUUCCUCUCCGGCUUUGUCUAAAUGCAGAUCCGAUGUGUGACGAUCAGAACAGUGUGUGGACGGAUGCAUUAACAAUGUCCUGCAGCAGCGAGAGGAAAUGCAGGCUGUUGUUCACGUCCUUUAAAUCUUCAGUGGCUUUGACCCGAACAUGAUAAAUGCUGUUUAUCUUUGAUCAUUUUCAAUCAUCAGACCCUGAAAACCCGUCAGCCUGAGCUCAGAGGAGCCGCUGUGUGACUCAAACUGAGGAAACUGUUGGGUUCGUUUUACUUUACAGGUGUUUUUAAAUCGCAUACAGCCAGUAUCUACUUCAUUAAGUAGGCUGACUAUUAAUACAAUCCAACUCCUGACCCAGGAAUUCUGCUUUAAACAUGGUUUAAUGAGGACUUGGGUUGUUCAGUUUCCUAGAAUGAAUUUAUUGACACAUGUUUAAGGAGACAUCAAGCCUCUCCUGAAAGAUAUUUCUGGUUCUUAAAAGUUCCAAGCUAGUGAUUGUUCGAUUGUGCACGUGGUACACAAGGUCUAGUUGGAUUUCCUUUAGUCGAGUACGAAGCGUAAAGUUUUAUUUUAUCUGCAUAUUGUAACACGAUGCUCACUCCGGGCCGACGUCAGUAUUUCUGUUAACGCUGAUGCGAAUCUACUUUCCCAUUUUGUCACUAAUUGAAAUGUUCAGUGUUGAUUUUUUUUCGUCGGCAGAUGUUUAAAUGUGCUCACUGUGUUUUUUGUGUCGUUCUCAGUAAUGUUGAGUUCAAAGUGCUUCAUGCUUUCUUCAAAGUUUACACAUCUCAUAAGGAACUACAGUAGAUGGAACUACACUGCUUCAGAGCGGCCAGUGGACACCAGGAGUCACGUGACUUUAUCAAUAAUCUUUAUUUCAAUCAAACUACAGAAGUGUGCAGGAGAACAGGAGAGGACAAAUCAUAUAACAGUCUGGAUAAAUGAAAAAAAAAAGGAACAUUUUAUUCUCAAGCUAACAAUCAUCUUUUAUACAUUUGAUUUUUAUUCAGGAAGUAUGUACAAGAAAGAAAAAA